UCCAAGCUCCAUUUGUUUCUCUGCAAAUUCCGCCAUUCCCUCAUUCCUCUAUAUUUCCACCAAAAAAAGUGAGGUGCAUUUUUUCUGCUGCAAAUCUCUUCCGCCAUUUCUGAAAACUCCGUUUCUUUCUCUCUCUCUCUCUAAAACCUUUUUUCUCUCUCUACAAGUCCAAAUGGAUAACCCAUCGGAGGAUUCCUCGGAUUCUCCUCAACAGCAGCCCGAAUCUCCUGUAAACGAUGACCAACGUGUUUAUUUAGUUCCUUACAGGUGGUGGAAGGAAGCACAGGAGUCAUCACCAGCAGAUGGGAAGUCAGCGACUUUGUACGCAGCGGCACUAGCUCCAUCUUAUGGAGGGCCAAUGAAAAUCAUUAACAACAUAUUUAGCCCAGACGUCUCAUUUAACUUGAGGAGAGAGGAGGAAUCUUUAUCACAGAGUCAGGAGAAUGGUGAAGUUGGGGUAUCUGGUCGGGACUAUGCUUUGGUCCCUGGCGACAUUUGGCUGCAGGCACUCAAAUG